AUGGCCGCCGCGGUGCUGGGGUCCAGGGCCUGGUGGCUGCUGCUGCUGCUGCUGCUCAUGGCGGCGGGUCGGCCCCUGGCGGCCUCGAACCCCAACUUCCUCAUCAUCAUGGCCGACGACCUCGGCAUCGGGGACCUGGGCUGCUACGGGAACAGCACCCUCAGCACCCCCAACAUCGACCGGCUGGCGCGGGAGGGCGUCAGGCUCACCCAGCACCUGGCGGCCGCGCCCCUCUGCACCCCGAGCCGGGCCGCCUUCCUCACGGGGAGACACGCCUUCCGCUCAGGCAUGGAUGCCGUUGGCGGCGGGUACCGGGCCCUGCAGUGGAACGCGGGUUCUGGGGGGCUGCCCCCCAACGAGACCACCUUUGCCCAGGUCCUGAAGGAACGUGGUUACGCCACCGGCAUCAUCGGCAAGUGGCACCUGGGCGUGAGCUGCGAGACCCGGGACGACCACUGCCACCACCCGCUCCGGCACGGGUUCGAGAGCUUCUACGGGCUGCCCUUCACCCUGCUGGGCGACUGCGACCCGGCGGGCCCCCCCGAGCUGGACCGGGGGCUGCGGGCCCGGGGGCUGGGUGCUGUGUGGGUGCUGGGCCUGGCGGCCGCGGCCUUGGCGCUGCUGGGUGUCCGCGGGCGGCCGCCCUUGGGUUGGGAGCUGCCCGCGGUGCUGGGCGGCCUCCUCCUGGGCGCCUGGGUCUGCACCUUCGGGCUCGUCCGGCGCUGGAACUGCGUCGUCAUGAGGGACCACGGGGUGGCCGGGCAGCCGCUGGACCUGCCGACGCUCACGCCCGCGCUCGGGGCCGAGGCCAGGAGCUUCCUGCACAGGCACCGCUCGCGCCCCUUCCUGCUGUUCCUGGCGCUGCCCCACGUCCACCUGCCGCUCGUCACCGCGGGGCCCUUCCUGGGCUCCAGCCAACACGGUCGCUACGGCGACAGCGUCCAGGAGAUGGACGGACUGGUGGGUGACGUCCUCAACGCCCUGGACGCCAACGGCCUGACGAACACGACCUUCACCUACUUCACCUCCGACCACGGGGGCUUCCUGGAGGCCAGGGAUGAACACGGGCGGCUGGGCGGCUGGAAUGGCAUCUACAGAGGUGGCAAGGGGAUGGGCGGCUGGGAAGGCGGGAUCCGCGUCCCCGGGAUCGUGCGCUGGCCGGGGCAGCUGGAGGCCGGGCUGGUCAUCCACGAGCCCACCAGCCUCAUGGACGUCUUCCCCACGCUGGUCGAGCUGGGUGGCGGCCGGGUGCCCCAGGACAGGGUGAUGGACGGCCACAGCCUGCUGCCCCUGCUCAAGGGGGAGGUUCAGCACUCAGCUCACGAGUUCAUGUUCCACUACUGCGGGGACCUUCUGCACGCGGCUCGCUGGCACGAGAGAGAAAGUGGCCUGGUGUGGAAGAUGCACCUGAUGACGCCCAGGUUCCAGCCCGAGGGCUCGGACGGCUGCCACGACUCGGGGCUGUGCCCCUGCUCCGGGCCCGGCGUGGCCGUGCACAGCCCCCCUCUACUGUUCGAGCUGACCAGCGACCCCUCCGAGGCCCGAGCCCUCGGCCCCGGGUCCGAGCCGCGUUUCCAGGCCGUGCUGGCCCGCCUGGCCCGGGCGGUGGAGGCCCACCGGGCGACGGUCACCCCAGCCCCGGCCCAGUUCUCCCUGAUCAAUAUCCUCUGGAGACCCUGGCUGCAGCCCUGCUGUGGGACCUUCCCCUUCUGCGGCUGCUCCCAGGACGGACAGACGGACGGGGCCCCGGAGCCCCGGCCCUGAGGGAGGGAUGGCCGCCGGGGACGGGCCUCCUCCUGGUCUCCGAUCGAUCAAUAAUCAAUAGUCAGGAGGGGUUGCCGUGUCGUGUGCGGGAUUUGGAUUUGGUGGGGGGGGGGUCUCUUGUGGGCUCACGUCCCUCUCGUUCGCGCUCUGCAAAGAUCUAUCAUCCAUCUUAUCAAUUAUCUAUCUGUCGUCUGUCUGUCUAUCCAAACAAUCAUCUGUCUAUCCAAUCAUCUAUCUACCUACCUAUCAUCUA